GACAGAAACACAGACAGCACGGCUGAAACUGAAAGAAAGAAUUAAAAGCCCUAGCAUAUGGGAUAGAAAGUCCUAUACCAGCUUCGUCUUCACUGUCUUUGUUCCACCAUUAGCUUUCCGAAAAUCUCUGCAAUAAGCCCACGCUUACUUCUCAGGUUAAUGGCUACUGAGGUGGAUAUUUAAAGUCAUCCACGGCAGGAGAAUAUGGAAAGUAAGCUGCAAACAUCAUCAGUGCUGGAGAUUGAUAUGGGGCAGAAGUUGCAAGACCCUAGAGCUUCCUCUGUUGAUAAGCAUGAGGUGGACAUUGAAGUGAGAGAGGAAUGUCAGAGCCCGAAAGUUUGCUUUGUUGACAAGAAGGGAGUUGACAUAGAUGGUGAGCAGGAAGAUGAGGACCCAAAAAUUCCCUCUGUUGAUAUAUCAGAGGUUGAUCUUUCUGUUAAAGAUGAACCUAGUACAUAUUCGGUACCAAAAGUUGGCAUGGAGUUUGAAUCAGAAGAGCAAGCAUACAAGUGCUACAGUAGAUAUGCCGUGCUGCAAGGGUUCAGUAUUCGAAAAGAUUUUGUAAAUAAAAGUAGGGUAAAUGGUGCAGUGGUAUCCAGAAGGUACACUUGUUAUAGACAAGGCUAUCGGCCAGGAAAGCGUGACAUGAAUGUGAGGAAAGCUCAGCAGGAGACGAGAACUGGUUGUUUGGCACAGAUGACCAUUGCACGUCAACCUAAUGGCAAGUUUCGUGUCACCCAUUUUGUGACAGAACACAAUCAUGAGUUUGAAACUGCUUGUGCAGCUUAUAAGUUACCAUCACAGAAGAGAUUAACUUUUGCUCAAGCCGUUGAGGCUGAAUCAGUUAAUAGUUCUAUGGUAGAUGGGGUACCGAAGCUUGGAAUGGGUUUUGACUCAGAAGAUCAUGCUUAUGAUUUUUACAAUUCAUAUGCAGGACGUAUAGGUUUUAGCGUUCGGAAAGAUUAUGUAAAUAGGAGUAAGAUAGAUGGUGCUGUGGCAUCUAGAAGGUAUACCUGUUUUAGAGAAGGUUUUCGACAAAAGGACAAACGGGACAUGAAUGUGAAGAGACCUCGAAAGGAGACAAGAAUCGGUUGCUUAGCACAAUUGGUCAUUGCUCGUCAAACUGACGGUAAAUAUCGCGUAACUCAUUUUGAGGAAAAGCACAAUCAUGAGCUUGUGGCCGCAUGUAGAGUUCGUUUGUUGCGAUCACAAAAGAGAUCAUCUAUUGCUCAAGUUGCUGAAACCAAUGGUGCAGAUGGUUCUAAGAUACAUUCAAACUCAGCCUCUGACCUAAUAUGUAAACCAGCUGGAGAUGAAGAAGAUCUAGGUUAUCAUCCCAUAGAUUAUAAAAAUAAUCUACCAUCUAAACGUACCAGAGAGAUGAGGGAUGGAGAAGCUGAAAGUAUUAUGCAAUAUUUUCGACGAAAACAAUUGAAGGAUCCGUCUUUAUUUUUUUCUAUGCAGCUUGAUGCUGAAGAACAAAUUACCAAUGUCUUUUGGGCUGACGAAAAGAUGUUGGUGGAUUAUAGUGAUUUUGGUGAUGUGGUUUGCUUCGAUACAACUUACAGGCUAAAAGAUUGCCGACCUUUUGCACCAUUCAUUGGAGUGAAUCACCAUAGGCAGAUGGUGAUAUUUGGUGGCGCACUUUUGUAUGAUGAAACAGUUGAAUCUUUCAAGUGGAUACUUCAAACUUUUGUUGAGGCAAUGUCUGGAAAGAAACCAAAGACAAUCCUCACAGGUCAGGAUGCGGUAAUGGCAGAAGCAAUACAUGCAGUGUUGCCUGAAACACAUCACUGUAUAUGUGUAUGGCAUGUGUACCAAAAUGCGUUUAAACACCUCAGCGAUGCGAUGGGGUUGCAUUCCUUCGCCUAUGAUUUCCGGAGUUGCAUUUUUGACCAUGAGGAAGAGGAAGAUUUCAUUAAUGCUUGGAAGAUUAUGCUGGAUAGGUAUGAUCUGUGGGAAAAUGGGUGGUUGCAAGAGAUAUUUAAAGAAAGGGAAAAAUGGUCCAUAGUGUACAGGAGGCGUGUUUUUUGUGCCGACAUAAACAAUGCAUUACAGAGUGAGAGUUUUCAUGCUAGCUUGAAAAAGUACCUAAAGCCCGACUCUGAUGUGCUUCAAUUCUUGAAACAUCUUGGGAGGGUGUUGAAUGAUAGGCGCUACAAAGAAUUGGAAGCUAAUUAUGGUAUGAGUCAAUGCAUGCCCAAAUUAAUGGGGAACGUGAUCUUAUUGAAGCAUGCUAGAGAUCUUUACACACCAAAGAUAUUUGAAUUGUUUCAGCAAGAAUAUGAAAAAUGCUUAGAUGUCGUGGUUCACCAAUGUUCUGAGAAUGGAUCAUUGUUAGAGUACAAAGUUAGCAUAUAUGGGCAACAACGAGAAUACACUCUUGUAUUUAACUUGUCAGAUGAUACUGUUGUCUGCAAUUGUUUGAAGUUUGAAUUUGUUGGGAUUUUGUGUAGCCAUGCAUUGAAGGUUCUUGAUUAUAGGAAUAUAAAGGUGGUUCCAGCCCAUUACAUCUUGAAGCGGUGGACAAAAGAUGCAAGGGCCUGAAAUGGGCAACAACGAGAAUACACUCUUGUAUUUAACUUGUCAGAUGAUACUGUUGUCUGCAAUUGUUUGAAGUUUGAAUUUGUUGGGAUUUUGUGUAGCCAUGCAUUGAAGGUUCUUGAUUAUAGGAAUAUAAAGGUGGUUCCAGCCCAUUACAUCUUGAAGCGAUGGACAAAAGAUGCAAGGGCCUGAAAUUUUAGAGAGCCGUGGUUGAAAGUAUGAAACUGGCAAGAUUGACGAGGAGGUGGCUGAGGCAAGUUGAUGGGAAGAACCUUGACACAAAAUUUUUGACCUUGGUGGCUUAAAUUUCAGAAGCAUCUUGAUUUACUGCUAGAAAGUGUUAAGCUGAAAUGAAAACGGAGAAAAUAUGGAAACAGAAAAAAUUUAAACGCCUUAAAGAGGAUGAGCUGCAGCCGUGUGCCAAAUUCAUUCUAUCAAAAAUACAAUUAUCACGUGUUAAAAUAAUCCAUUAAAUACCACGUGCUCAUUAUCCCAUUUGAAUACAAUAACUCAUUUCUCUC